UGCAGCAGUGUUCCCUGCCAAGUGUAUAUCUGGCUGCUCUCUCUCAACCGAUUACCCAGUGUCCCUGUAGAUGAACAAGGACCGCUGUUGUUGUUGCCCUCGGCCAUCGUGAAGUGUCAUGUUUUCGUCUGUCCGCGAGCACUUCGCUGCUCCCGACAACAGCUCCAGCAGGAGACGUGAUCCUAUUAUCCGCCGCCGUCGUCACGAGAUGUCCGCACCCCUUCCUCCUUCCCACCCGGCAGCGACCACCGAAGUGGGGCAGCUGCUGGACCUUGGGUUAGCGCUAGGGCACGAGAGAUUCGAGCUCGUUAGCCUCGUCGGUCGGGAAGAGACGGGCAUGGUUGCAGCACACGCCUGGGCCGAGUGCGAAGGCAGUGUUCGCAGACCCAGCGGCGGAGAUCCACGGGCAUCGACGGCGACGACGAUACGCAUUACGCAACCUCACGACGCCUCGACUACACGAAGCCGCCAGGCUAGCCACGGCGGUGAUGUGAAGGUGCAGGCCGGACGAGAGAAGUUGCUGAGAGAGGUGGAAUGGUUGAGGGAAAGAGUCGAAAACUUGAGUCGGGAGCUGGUACUGGCUAGGAAGGAUUCCGGCCGGCUCGCGAAGCAGCUCAAGCAAGAAGAAGGGCUGGGGCGAGAACACCGACGAAAGGCUGACGACGCGGUCAGAGAAGCGAAGGCGCUGAGGCAAGAGCUGGACCGUAUCAAACAAGACCGCGCCGCGAUAGGUUCGGCAUCCAGAACAGCCCUGUCCGACGCGCACCUUCGCAGCGUUAGGAUGGCUGAGCGCCGACGCCGGCGGCAGGCCGAAAGCCUGAUGCAGGCGUACAAGGGGCUAUACGAGGACCAGCUGCAAACCCAGCACGCCUCCGCGGAGAGCUACCGCUCUCUCACACGGGGCUACAGCCGCAUCUCCGCGGACAACGAGGCCCUCCGGCGAGAGGCCGCCGCCGUUGCCGCCGUCGCGGCCGCCGCUGGCGACGCCGCCGGAACCUCCGCCGCCCUCAUAGCCUCGUCUGCAGACAUGCAGCAGCAGAAAACCAGCACCAAGUCCUCGCCACUGUUCCACGUUGGGGAAGAGAUCUCCCGCGACGAGAGAUCGGCGAGAAAGGAAGGCCGGGAGGAGACCCGGAGGGACGUAGGGCGGGGGGGGGAAACGGCGCCGCCACCUGAACGGAGCCGCGCUGCUAUCACCUCCACCUGUACUACUACUGCUCUACCGGUGCUGGAGAAGGGCCGCGGAAGCAGCGUUGUGGAGACAGCGUCGUAUACCAGCGCCGCGGCGGAGUCGGCGGCGGCGGUUGCGACGGCGGCGGUUGCGGUCGCCACGGCUGCGGAUGCCCUGGCCGAGGCGGCUACUACAGCAGCGCCACCGCCUACAAAGGAUACCGCGGAUAUAGAGGAGGGUCCCGCCGCAGCAUCACGGAUAGCGCCGUCGCACGGCCGGAAGGCCGACCACCAACAGAAAGCGCGCGCGAGAAGCAAUUUGGGUAGGAGCGGCUGCGUCGUUCUGGAGAGAUGCGACAGUCGGGAACGAAUCGAAGCAGCGGAUAGGGCGAGCGCGACCAACACCGACCGCCCCUCCACCACGGAAACGCUAGUCUGCUUUCCAUUUUCGGACAGCGCGGAAGGCCCCUCUUCCACCUCCACCACCGCGGUAGCGUCGACGGCGAGAACGGGGAAGAAAGAAGACGGAGCUGCUGCCGACUCCGGCUGGGCACCACCCGCCGAUUUCUCGGUUUCUUGGAUAGAAGCGGCGUCGAUGAGCGGCACGACCACACCAAGCAGCGAAAAGAACCAUGGUUUUCACCGCGGAAGCGCGAAGGGUUACGCCUUUCCGCAAGAGACUGGAGAGGAAGAGCGCUUCUCAGCUGCUCCAUCCUCCGCGAGAGAGCAGGACGCCGCCGCCACCGCCGCCGCUGCCCGAGAAAGCAGGGGCAGUGAGGGACUCGGAUCGGACGAGCGGGGAGGAGCACUCAACGAGGAAGGGCCGCCAAGAGCUGACGACAAGAAAGAAGAAAUUGCUCGCCCCGCGCAGAGGAGUAUGGUCGCGGUCCCUCCGGGAGAACCUGCCCCGCGUUGGCGAGGGCGGUCUGCCGCUCCCGGGAGGUUGCUGGCGAGCUCGGCGUCUUGGGCCGAGGCUGCAGAGGUAGACGCGCCGAAACGCAGCACUUCUCCGACGACGCCCAGGCGCGGCAGGUGGGGGGGGUGCGUUACAUGGGGGGGUGCUACAGGCAAGGGCGCGGCUGAGGAGGAUGGUAAUGGUUGCACUCGCAUCGAACCUUCUUCCCGUGCCCGACCGCACAGCAUUUAGACUAGUUCGUAUGAAUUGCGGCAACAUGGCUAGGGAGGGUACAUGUUAGCUUGAACUACGCAGGGUAGAUAAAGCCAUAGAAGGGUGCCAUGGCUAGACUGAUCCUCGCGGCGUUACGAAGAAAACUACAUGUAGUUUGCACGGUGGUUGGCCGUCAGUAUGGAGUUGGAAUGUGAUCACCGGAAGCGGAGCAAAACGUUUGAAAACGAAAAUAGUGGUGCAAAAGGACCCCUUUCGCCCGAAGUUUAGAAAAUGCAAUGCCGGCCCGUUCCGAAGCUACUUGAAUAUUUAGUGUGGUGCCGGCGGCUGAACCUUCAUUCUUACAGUUGUAGUUUCGACAUGCCUUUUCAACGAUCUGCGCCUUCAUUCUUGUGAGGGUGCUUCCUAUGUCCGAACCGACACUGCUGUGAAUCAGUUUGACUUUUAGCAGCAGUACUGUUUUCUAUUGACCCAGGCGUCUUCGGAGCCUUCGUGUUUGGUUGAAGAUGACGAGUAACCCGUCCUGUCUGCGGUGUUUAGUCAACCCAAACCCUUUUAGGGAAAGCGGGAGGAUGAGACCCACUUGUACGUUGGCUCCUUGGAGCUUUGGAAACCGCCAUGGGUAGAAAGUUGUGUACUCGUGACAUGGCCUCGAUCGCGAGGCUUAGGCUUGCAGCCGGGCGCAUCUACCUGCAUCCGUUGUUGGUUGUACACCGGAGGCAUCGUUUGUCACACCAAGUGUUCAGUCCCUUUCGAACCAGCGGGAAUCUGCGCCUGGACCAGCCAUAUGCCCUUAGAGCCCUUUGCUUUCAUGUCUAACGUCAGCCAAGUCAGAUGCUCACAAUAUGGUGGUACGGUGGGUCCACAUGUCUGUGUGACUGCGUAAUGUUCGGGGGUGGUCAUGUCCGAAAACCUCUCACGGAGAGAACCUUUAACAUUUUUCGCACGAGCUUAUUUGUGUUGUAGUCUCUGGGCAUGGCGUCGAUCAACGAACAGCGGAGGAUUUCUGGUGCUCCUUCGUAGCACUUUCGUGCUGCCUGCCUGCGGUAAGCGUCCA